GCCGGGGAGCAGGCGCCGUAGCCGAGCCGAGCCGAGCCGGAGCGCGCGCCGGAGGCGGCGCGGCGAGCAGCAACCAUGUCGGUGUUCGGGAAGCUGUUCGGGGCUGGAGGGGGUAAGGCGGGCAAGGGCGGCCCGACCCCCCAGGAGGCCAUCCAGCGGCUUCGGGACACAGAGGAGAUGCUAAGCAAGAAGCAGGAGUUCCUGGAGAAGAAGAUCGAACAGGAGCUGACGGCUGCCAAGAAGCACGGCACCAAAAACAAGCGCGCUGCGCUGCAGGCUCUGAAGCGCAAGAAGAGGUAUGAGAAGCAGCUGGCACAGAUCGAUGGCACCUUGUCAACCAUCGAGUUCCAGCGGGAGGCCCUGGAGAAUGCCAACACCAACACGGAGGUGCUCAAGAACAUGGGCUAUGCCGCUAAGGCCAUGAAGGCUGCCCAUGACAACAUGGACAUUGAUAAAGUGGACGAAUUAAUGCAGGACAUUGCUGACCAGCAAGAACUUGCAGAAGAGAUUUCCACAGCUAUCUCCAAACCUGUAGGCUUUGGAGAAGAGUUUGACGAGGAUGAGCUCAUGGCAGAGUUGGAGGAGCUUGAACAAGAAGAGCUAGACAAGAAUUUGCUGGAGAUCAGUGGGCCGGAAACAGUCCCCCUACCAAAUGUCCCCUCUGUAGCCCUACCGUCCAAACCCACCAAGAAGAAGGAAGAGGAAGACGAAGACAUGAAGGAAUUGGAGAACUGGGCCGGAUCCAUGUAACUGGUCCAGCAUAGGCUGGGCCCAGACGGACUCUGGUGGCCUGUGCGUCGGGCAGGCAUGUGCGUGCGCAGGGCUGGCAGGACGCGGCGCAGGCAGCCUCCAUCGCUCCACUCUCACCCAAAGCAGUAGGCCGCAUCACUGCUCACUCUCGCAUAGCAUGGUCUGUGCCUGGGGGCGGG